UCUCGGCGUCAUCGCCCUUCACGGAAGUCAGCAGCAUUGGCGAUGGUGGCGGCCUCGUCAGCCUAGCAGCAGGAAGAGGAUGUUUGCUUCCAGUGAAAGAAUAAUAUCACCCGAUUACAAGUCUUUAUAACAGAGUAAACGGCCGUACAGUUUUUGUGCUGAGCUUGCUGGGAGUUGGACAGCUUAUUCCCACCCCCGGAGCCGGUCUCUGUGUGUCUGAAACAGGGCGCCGCUGGAUAAGAUGUCCCUGUUCCAGUCGGCACUGGAUUUCCUAGCCGGGCCCGGCUCGUCCGGAGCGGCCAGCCGGGACCAGAAUGAUUUCGUCGGACAAGUCGUUGAGCUCGGUGACAUGAAAUUGAGGAUUAAGAGGGUGAUCGCAGAAGGUGGAUUUGCAUUUGUGUAUGAAGCCCAGGACAUGAGCGGUGGUAAAGACUAUGCCCUCAAGAGGCUGCUGUCCAAUGAGGAGGAGAAGAACAAGGAAAUCAUACAGGAAGUCUGCUUCAUGAAAAAGCUGUCAGGUCAUCCCAACAUGGUCCAGUUCUGCUCUGCUGCCUCCAUCAGCAAGGAAGAGUCAGACACCGGACAGGCCGAGUUCCUGAUCCUCACUGAGUUAUGUAAAGGUCAGCUGGUGGACUUUAUAAAGCGGGUAGAGCAGAGGGCUCCCCUGUCAUGUGACACUGUGCUGAAAAUCUUCUACCAGUCGUGCCGUGCAGUGCAGCACAUGCACAAACAGAAACCUCCAAUCAUACACAGAGACCUCAAGAUUGAGAACCUCUUGAUUAGUAACCAGGGCACCAUCAAGCUUUGUGACUUUGGCAGCGCAACCACAGUGUCACAUUACCCCGACUACAGCUGGUCAGCACAGAAGAGGUCCAUGGUGGAGGAUGAGAUCACAAGGAACACCACUCCAGCGUACCGAACGCCAGAGAUGAUCGAUCUCUACUCCAACUUCCCCAUCAAUGAGAAACAGGACAUCUGGGCCCUGGGAUGCAUCCUCUACCUGUUGUGUUUUAAGCAGCACCCAUUUGAGGAGGGGGCCAAGUUGCAAAUAGUGAAUGGGAAAUACUCUAUCCCUCAGAAUGAUGUCAAGUACACUGUGUAUCACGACCUCAUACGUUCCAUGUUGAAGGUGAACCCAGAGGAGCGUCUGUCUAUUACAGAGUUGGUCAACCAGCUCCAGGAGAUAGCAGCAGCACGCAACGUCAACCCCAAGUCUCCCAUUACAGAGCUGCUGGAGCAGAACGGAGGUUUUGGCAACAACGGAGCCCAGCCACCCAUGCAGAUCCACAACGUCCACAACAAUGCAGGCAUGUAUGAUCCUGAUCAGUCAGGCAGUGGCCUCUUUGAUAUCUUAAGGGGAGGAACAGAGCGCUUCCUGACCAACAUAAAGGACACUUCCUCCAAGGUCAUCCAGUCAGUAGCCAGCUAUGCCAAAGGGGACUUGGAUAUUUCAUACAUCACCUCCAGAAUAGCAGUCAUGUCAUUCCCAGCGGAGGGGGUGGAGUCAGCGAUAAAGAACAACAUUGAGGAUGUCCGUCUGUUUCUGGAUUCACGUCACGCUGGCCACUACGCUGUCUACAACCUCUCCAAACGAUCUUACAGGCCUUCUCGGUUCCACAACAGGGUUUCAGAGUGUAACUGGCAAGUGCGCCGUGCCCCCAACCUCCGCAGUCUCUACAGUGUGUGUAAGAACAUGCAUCUGUGGCUCAAACAAGACCAGAGGAACAUCUGUAUAGUACACUGUCUGGAUGGCAGAGCAGCAUCAGCAGUGGCAGUUUGCUCCUUCCUGUGUUUCUGUCGCCUUUUCACCACAGCUGAGGCUGCAGUCUACAUGUUCUCAAUGAAACGCUGCCCACCUGGCAUAGCACCCUCACACAAGAGAUAUAUUGAGUAUAUGUGUGACAUGAUGGCAGAGGAGCCCAUCAUCCCCCACAGCAAGCCCAUAACAAUUCGCUCCAUCAUCAUGACACCCGUGCCACUGUUCAACAAGCAGCGUAAUGGGUGCAGGCCGUUCUGCGAAGUUUAUGUUGGAGAUGAGAGGGUCCUCACCACAUCACAGGAGUAUGAUAAGAUGAAGGAUUUUAAGAUAGAGGAUGGAAGAGCUGAGAUUCCCCUCAAUGUGACAGUCCAAGGAGAUGUACUGGUGGUGAUCUAUCAUGCAAGAUCUACACUGGGAGGACGUCUACAGGCCAAGAUGGCAUCCAUGAAAAUGUUUCAGAUCCAGUUCCACACAGGCUUUGUUCCCAGAAAUGCGACCACUGUCAAGUUUGCCAAGUAUGACUUGGAUGCCUGUGACAUCCAGGAGAAGUACCCGGACUUGUUCCAGGUCAACUUGGACAUUGAGGUGGAACCCAGGGACAGACCCAGUGCUAAGAGCCCUCCAUGGGAAGGCUUUCAAACCAAGGGCCUCAACCCCAAAAUCCUUUUCUCAUCUCGUGAUGAACAGCAAGAGAUCCUCAGCAAAUUUGGCAAGCCAGAGCUGCCUCGUCAGCCAGGUUCCUCAGCAUUUUAUGACUCAGAGUCGCCCCAGCCGGCUCAGACCCCGGAGGGCUCCAAUGCAACAGAACCAGAAUCUCCUGGGAGUACCGAUACCAACGCCAACAACUUCUUCCAGACACUGGAUUGGGAAGAUGUGAGUGGCCCUCAGGAUGCCUCCGACAGUCAAGGAGGGGGAUCCAUGAAUGACCAGGAGGAGUUGAGUGAUCAGUCAGAAGGAGAGUCCUACUCUUAUUCUGCCCCUGGUGGGGAGCCACUGUCACGUGACCCCAGCGAACCACUAUUUGAUGCUGAUUUCGAGACCUCCCCUCCUGCAUCCCAGGAAUCUCCUGUCGGUGACACAGCUGAUCUCUUGGGUUUGAACUCUGACCCUUCAACCUCCUCCUCGGCUCCUCAUCAAGGAGGCCAGGGAGGACUCAAGGCUGCGUCCAGCAACAGUGACCUUCUCAAUGAUUUGUUUGCACCCCCUGCUGGUCAGACAGGAGCAGUGCAGGAAGACUUGUUCUUCAGUGGGCCAACCAGUGGGGCCACACCAGACUCAAAACCCAUGGGUGACCUGUUUGAUCCAUUUGGGAUGGGGCCUGGCUCUGGUGUUGGCUCCAGCGUGGGUUCAUCUCGGCAGGCCUCUGGCCCGGACCUGUUUGGAGACUUGUUGGGUUCUGAUAGUUCAGCCACCAGUGGGUUCAGUUCAGCUCACAGUAACCCCACUCCUGCGUCCAACACCAGCCUCUUCAACCUCAAUAAGCUAGUAAAUGAUGCCCCUAAGAUGACAUCAUCAGCCAGCCAACCAGACCUGCUGGGUGGGUGGGACAGCUGGGCAGCUGGUACCACCGCUGGCAUGAGCACCACCACCAACAAACCCAACUAUACCAACACAGCUUCUGGUAUGUCUAUGUCAAAGGCCAAGUCUCAGACUUUUGAUCCUUUUGCCGACCUAGGAAACCUGGGCUCCACUUUACCAGGUUCCUCCAGCAGUAAUUUUUCAGGACCUUCUUUUAGCACAAAGGCUCCCUCUUCCUCUGCUUCCACCUCUGCUAAGCCUCAAGCCCAGCCCUGGCAGUCUGGUAGACCCACCUCAGCCCAGAGCAAACCUUGGAUGCCAGGAUCGGGAUCAGGAUCUGGACCUGGAUCUGCACCCAAAGCUUCCUCAGCGUCUCAGUCUGCAGGCACACAGCCAACCAAACCCAACUACAACCUCAACUUCGCUAGUGUCAUCGGUGGGAGAGAGGAGAGAGGAGUUCGUGGGCCUGGAUUUGGCCCCAAGCCGAAGGUAAAGGAGGAUGAUUUCGAGGACCUGCUGUCAACUCAGGGUUUUGCCUCUAAACCUGAUAAGAAGGGACCAAGGACCAUCGCUGAAAUGCGAAGACAGGAGAUCACAAAAGACAUGGAUCCACUUAAAUUGCAGAUCUUAGACUGGAUUGAGGGGAAGGAGCGAAACAUCAGAGCACUGCUGUCAACCCUGCACACGGUGCUGUGGGAGGGUGAAACCCGCUGGAAGCCUGUGGGCAUGGCUGACCUGGUGACACCUGACCAAGUGAAGAAGUACUACAGAAAGGCUGUGCUGGUUGUCCAUCCAGAUAAGGCAACAGGCCAGCCUUAUGAACAGUACGCUAAAAUGAUCUUCAUGGAACUGAACGACGCCUGGUCAGAGUUCGAGAACCAGGGAUCCAAAGCACUCUUCUAAAACCCUGGUCUGGAUCCCAGCUAGACCAGACCAGACCAGACUGGACUGGAUUUGGCCUAACCAAACUGGGGUUAGACUGGGCCAGAUUAGACAGGACUGAGCCCACAUUGGGCCUUAGGGGGCAAAGAGCCUCUGAGAGGUGUCCUCUCUACCAUUCCCUUCACUCCCUUCUUCCAUCUUUACGUUCUUCUGUUUCUACAGUCAAAGAAAAAAGACCUUUUUGCCUCAUGCCUGGCUGUGGUGAAAAGUUUCCUCAGUGGUUCAUUAACAGCCAGUUAAAUGUUGUGAUUGUUCUUAAACUCACUGCCUACCUGUACGACUGCCUGAGUGGUGCUGCAAAGGAGGGAGGAAUGGGUGACAAUCACAGGAAGAAGACCGAAUGGGAAUGAUUUGAGAUAAUACAAGGACUUUUAAAAUGACCAAGAUGAUUAUCAUGACAGUGGUAUUCAGAUAAAGAUUCAGAUUCAGAUUUAAUUAUCCUACACUAAUAAAAUGCUAGUAAUUUUGACUGUGGCUGGUUUGUCAUUUGUGCCUGGCACACAAACAACCAGUCAUUUAGUUGACUGGUUAAAAAGAAAAUGGCUGUAUAUUUUUCAGCAUGUUAGUCAACAUGUGAAUUUGCAUAAAACAUAAUUUUAAGUUUUUAAGCUUAAAAAUCCUAAAAAAAUAAAAUAAAAAAACAUUGCUGAUGAAUCUUGGAACAUACCAGCCACAGCAAGCAAUGGACAAGAAAACUUCUGAGUUCCUAAUGCAGAAGCAGGAAGCAGGAUUUUGUUGAUAAUACCCAUUGUUACUUCUGAAGUGUUACUGCUGCACAUUUUGGAGGGUCAGCGCUUGGUUGGGUUUGUUCUUGAGCCAUUUCCUCUCCAGAAAGAAAAGACUAUUGCCUGCUGAACACUACUAGUGCUGCUUCUACCAUUGCAGUUAUUUCUACACACACACACACACACACACUCCUCAGAUUGAUGUUAAAAACCUGAAUCCUACAAACUUCUAACUUCUGACAAAGGAGCUGAACUUAAGCCCCAUAUAAACCCAAGCGGGCUGUCUUUUGUUUUGUUUUUUUAAGUGCUCUUUGAAUUCCACCCACUCAGGCUACACUGUGUAGCUUAACUGCAUGCUCUCCCACACCAAAACCUCUAAGCAACAGGAGGUGGGUGUGUUUGAUUUCAAACCAGGGUAGUCCAAAGGGGCGGUGGCUCUUUUAUUGAAGUGCUCUUUUUCUUGUAGUGGAAACAGAGAAGAGCCUCCUACCUAAUUUUUUGCUGAGUGGCAGGCAGACUACAUGCCUCCCCAGCGUUCAUACUGCUCGCUGCUUUCGAGCAUCUCCCAUUGUCACUGUCAUCAUUAACCCCUCUCCUUGUCUCUGUAAGCCCCACCCACCUCCAGCGCCUAGUUCAGUGGACAUUGUUUGUCAGUGUAUAGGAGGAGAUCAAAAAGUGAAGGAAUGAAAAGAGAAUAUGGUGAUUGAAUCUGUUUUUUUUCUUGGUUUUACUCUUUCUUGUAUUUUUUGGGUUCAUUCUGUGUUUGAAUUGAGCUUUUUGUCAGUUAAUCAUCACUUCAUUGUAAAUAUAAAAAUAUUAUCAUCCAUCAAGUGGCUUUGUUAAGAUUACGGCCGGGGCUAUUGACUUGUUAUUGAGUUUCAUGCUAGACUGUGUGAAUGCUUGUGUGAUUGGGUGUGUGGAAGCUAGUGUGCGAGUGUAUGAAUGUGUGUGUGUUUCUCUCUGGAGGAGGAUAAUGAAAACUUGUUGGACAUCAUGCUUUCUUGUCUGCAAUCACAAUCUUUUCUUUUAUUAGUUUAAUAUUUCAGCCAACCCUUUUUUUCUUUUUGUGGAUGUUUUGUCUUUUCAAAAAUCUUUCCAACUUUUGCUCUUUUUGUUUAUUUUUUAUUUCACAUUUUACCUCAUGGACCAAUCAAAUCACCUGUUUCAUAUUUAUUAUGUUUUUUUUUUUGUUGUUUUUUUUUUGAGGGUUGGAAGUUAUAAUGACAUGUAUUCAUGCAUCUUAAUGGCACAAGUAAAAAAAAAAAAGCAGAUAAUAUAUAAGUGGAAUGUGCUGAGUGCAAGUGGGACUGUUGGUUGAUCACAGUGAGCCUCUGUGUUGCUGUUUUCAUUCCAAAGCUUCUGUUAUUAAUACGAAUGUGCUUUUACAAAUAUAUAUCCUCUCUGUUGUAAUGCGGUAUGUGUUUAUCAUUUGUCUGUUCAGUCUGUCUUUUUUGUUUUUUACUUUUUCCCUUCUUUUUUUCUCUUAUGGCAGAACUGAAGUUGUUGCUUCUGUUUUGCAGUUUGACAUUUUGUUAAAAUUCCAACACAAGGGGCCAGUAAAUCUAAGUAAGAAAAAAAAUAAUAAACUGAUUCAAACUCCUGUUGACAGUGUGAUCAUAAUAUAAAGAGGGAGGAUUGCAAAACCACAUAUUGGCAGUGUUUACUGAACCAAAUUACAUCUAACUAAUAUGAAUGUAGAUUUCAAUGCAAAAACAAAUAAUUAAAAAUCUUUUGAUCUGAGGCAGAUA